CUGUUGUACCACUUAUAUCCUCAAGGUGAGAUACCAGUCUCUUGCCAAGCACAACAGUAUAGAUGUAAAUAGUACAUUUAUUUUCCUUUGUUAAUCGUGUCGAAAGAAACGCUACUGAUGAAAAUGCCAGUCAUUGAGAAUAGCUCUGUCUCKUUCUUGGAUAUUGAGGUGCCUUUUUUGACGUCAUCAAAGAUAAAGGUUCUAGGAGGUUUCUACAUUGGAACAUGUAUUUUAAGUAUACUUGGAUCAGCAUCAAUAGUUAUUGCAGUAAUUAUAAAAAAGAAACUGUGCAAUCCAGAGGUGCGACCGAUCUUUCAUCUUUCCCUGGCUGAUUUUGUGGCUUCUUUGAGUUUGUGUAUUGGUGCAGCUACCUACUUACAAUUUGGAUUCAAUUCCACCACAAGACAGUUUUGCUCAUAUGUUACUGCUUUUUCAAGCGUAUGUGAUAUGCCAUUUUAUCAUAAUUAUCUAUGAAA